AUGAUUACCAAAUUCAUCACUCCUACGCGUGGUAGUGGCGGUGGUCAUGAGAACCAUCAAGGUGUGUUGACUGAUGCAAGCUCUCGCGUCAAUAGGCAACGCACCAAAAGCCUCACCACAAAACCACAAUACCAAUACCAUUACCAACACUAUUUCUCAAGUGAUCAUUCAUCUCAAUCUCCUCAUCGAAGAUUGAGACGCAAUACUAGUACUCGAGCACUUCGCAGCAUUGCUCGUUAUCAUCAGACUCGAGCCAACCGCAGUCCAUACGAUACAAGCCCACACACACCUUCGAAGCUCUCCCAAGUAAUGAUUGCUGAGUACGACCUAGCCAUUGCAGACACUCCAGACAUUGAUACACCUCCUCUCACAAUGCCUACCAAACUCGCACUCAACAAGAAAUUACCACCGAAGCCGAUUUUUCGCCUAGAAGAUUCUCCCGAACGCCGCGGUUUACUUGACGCCACCGAUCUCAAUUCUUCUUUGCAAUUCCCUAUUCUUCAGCCAAAAUCCGCUGUUAAAGAGGUUCCUGUUACAGAACUCAAUUCUACAAAACUCGUUGCUGAAGAUCUUACCUUUGUUGUUCCAUCAAUUUCAAACAAUUCUGACGCCGAUUCUGACUUUGAAGUCGGAAUCGCUCAAAUCGGAACUGCUUACGACGCGUCGACAAUAUCAGAGGUUACACCGCUCUCAACAAACGCAAAUAUGGCUUCACCACCAAUUCGUCAUACCAAUUCGAGUGCGAAGAGACGGGAGUUUAAUCACGCCAAGUUCGCGAUUACUCCUAGCUCUAGCAAGGCGGAGAGUUUCAAUCUUAACGUUCCAACAGGUGGUAAUCGUCGCACUACGUCCCAUGGCCAUAUUGCCUCGCCACAAAAUGAUGGUAGUCCAUUGCCGAAGAAAGAUCGCCGUGGUCGAUCGAGCUUAGGUAAUGGUGAAGGUAACUCACUCAUGUCCACUGACAAGGUCAUUUCUCACUUUUCUGCAGAUCGAGUAUCUAUGGAAGCUGAUGAGGAACCUCUCGUUGAGAUUAAUCACAGCAGCAAUGGUCCAACUGACACUUCAACUCAAGUUACUGUUGAUGGUACAGCUCUAGUUACCGAUCAUGAAAACAUCACUCAGAGUGCUUCAACCCAAGUUACCGUUCAUGCUACAACUCUUGAUACCGAUCAAGACAACAUCACUCAGAGUGCCACUGAAGAUGUUAUCGACGGUCCUUCCCCAGUUACCGAUCAAGAAAAUAUUACUCAGAGUGCCACUGAAGAUGUUAUCGACGGUCCUUCCCCAGUUACCGAUCAAGAAGAUGUUACUCAAGGAGCCAUCCAUAGUGCCGUUCGAGCUAUUGCUCAAAGCGGUACAAUGGGUCGCUCAGAGAGUCAGACGACUUUGGGUAGACAAAAGAAGAUGGUUCCACCACCAUCCAAGCGUUUUGCUAGGGACGCAGACCGUACCAUCCUAGGCACUUCACCAUCUUAUUCCAAGGUCACCACACGUGUUUACAUGGAAGACACAAUUGAGGAAGAGCUGCCACAUGUUGGUCAUCAAGCCAUGACACAAAAGGUUUCUACGGCAAAGCCCAAGGGCUUCAAGCGUGUACUUACUCCUCGUGCUGGUGGUUCAAAAACUCAAGCCGACAACAACGCAGCUCAUUCUUCGGAUGAGACCAACGCCGCCGAGACGAAGUUUGCUCGCCGAAAAUCUUCUUUGCCUGAUUCGCCAGAGAAUCAGACUCUUAAACCACUUAGUCUCACGGUUGAAAAAAAGAGACAGUCUUUCACCGAGCGUUUGUCUAAGCCAACUGCUUCUAGUGCAGCUCGCGCCAAGUCACACAAGUCGGCUCCCUUGGCAAAAUCUACUACCAUGACUUCAGUUAAGAAUGCCGGAAAGGGCCUUAAGAGUCGAAUUUCGGGAAUGAUGCGUACCCGUCGCACUUCUGAGUCUGUUGGUACCAUGGACAUUGCCGGUCCUUCUUUUGACAACGUUCCCAAAGAUGCUGCUACUCAACACGAUAUUCCCGUUCAAACUUUGGAGAAGGUCCCAGAACUUGCUCCGCUCGUCAGUGAAGGCGACGUCAGCGAGGAAUUCGCGGCAUUCUAUAGUCAAAUGGAAUACUCCUCCGAGAAAACUGCUCCAGCUGAACAGCUGACUAGUGCUAUUGAGCCUACUGUCAACAAUUCAAAUGGUGAAAGCGGACUCAUUAGCCCUCAGGUUAUCGAAGCAUCGCAGGAGAUGAUCAACAGCCCUGCAUCGGUCGAGGAAUCUUCUCCAAUGUCUGAGGCUGAAACAAAUGCCAUCGUUGAGGCUUCUCCAGUUUCGCAGUCGGAAAUUGCAGAUCGCAUCCAAAAAUUGGCAAUUCAAGAUGUGUCUACGCCUGGUCUUCCAUUGCCUACACAAGGAAAUGCACGUGUCCAACAAAUUGGCGGAAACACCCCAUCACUUGAUGUUCAAGUCGCUGCUGGAGACGGUGCUUCAGAUCCGCCACCCAACCAGGCUGGUAAUGGAGGUCAUGCUGACGAAGUGGUUCCACCACCAACUCCCGAUGAAAUGCUUACUGAACUCCACCUUGAAUUGGCUGAGCUCCGAAUUGCACUUCUGGCUGAGUCUGACACAUCCCGACGAAUUGUUCUCGGCGGCUAUUGUGUAAGACUGACAAACAAGAUUGAGGCUAUCAACAAGAACCGUCAGCUUAUGUUGCUAUUGCAAAUCGCCGAUGAGUCCAUGAUUGCUGAAGGUUCACUCGUUGCCUUGAAUUGCAUGAGAUUUCGAAACAUGAUGGCUAGAGACGUCAGCAACAAUUAA